AUGGCGCGGCCCCCGCGGCGGCUGAACGAGCCCAUCGUCAACGGCUGGCUGUUCUUCAGGUACGUCGUGAUCGGGCUGUACGUCGGCGCCGCCACCGCCGCCGGCUUCCUCUGGUGGUACGUAUCCUUUGCCGCCGGCCCCCGGCUGCCCUGGCGCGCCCUCACCUCGUUCCAGACCUGCAAGGAGGCCGCGGCCGUGACCGCCGGGUACUCCUGCAAAGUGUUCUCGGACCUGCGGCCGCGGACCAUCGCGAUGUCCGUUUUGGUGAUCGUCGAGAUGUUCAAUGCGCUGAACAACAUCUCCGAGAACAGCUCGCUCUUCGCAAUUCCCCCGUGGGACAACAGCUGGCUGCUCGCGGCGAUCUCGACCUCGAUCGCGCUGCACUGCCUCAUAAUGUACUGCCGGCCGCUCGCUGCGCUGUUCGGCAUCACCGCGCUGGGGCGCGCGGAAUGGAAGGCUGUCGUCGCGUUGUCUGCGCCGGUGAUCUUGGUGGACGAGGUUUUGAAGCUCCUCGCGCGCCGCGCGGCCGCCGCCGCGGCGCGGCCCGGGAAGCGGCGCGGCGGCGGCGGAAACGGGGGCGGCGUGCCGCGGUCGGAGAGCUCGUCGGGGCUGCUGCUGCCGCUGGGGUCGAUUCAGGUGGUAUCGCCGCUGGUUGGGGGCGGCGGGUCGGAGCCAGACAAGUCGAACUGA